AUGUCCCUGGUACAAUAUUCCUCCAGUGACUCAGAAUCGGAAUCCACUUCCCCACCCCGCAAGAAAGUCGCCCGACCAGCUCCAACAAAUUCAACUUCGCUCCCCCCACUCCCCGCAUCUUUCCACUCGCUCUACGCCUCCACACGCGUCAGCACCAAAGACGACCCAUCCCUCCACGCCGGUCGAAAACGCGCCAUCCCCCACGUCGAGGGAAAUUGGCCGACACACCUGUAUCUAGAAUGGGUUCCGGGAAAGGAGGAGGUUCACCUCCUUGCCGACUUGAUUCAGGCAGCCGACGCCAAUACCAGCAAGACCACUGCUUCUUCUUCGGCGCAAAGUGAUAACGACGCAAAAGUGUCCGAUGAUGACUCCGCAUCGACUGUGCACAGUCUUCUCCACUCCGAUCUGGGCGCCCAGUUACCCCUUCACAUCAGCCUGUCGAGGCCCGUGAUAUUGCGCACAGAGCAGCGCGCAUCGUUUACGGAGGCAUUCUCGGAAGGUGUGCGUUCAUCUGGUAUUUCUCCCUUUAAUGUUUACCCCGAAACACUAAAAUGGGUCUCCAACUACGAGAAAACGCGCUGGUUUCUCGUCCUACGCGUCUCAAAACCAAAGGCCGAUAAUCUAAACCGUCUGCUGGGACUAUGUAAUUCGACUCUGCAUCGCUUUGGCCAACCGCCUCUCUACGCUCGGGCCGACCCUAUGUCAGAGCGAAGUCCAGAUUCAGGGCCUGCUCCAGGAUCUGCGCAGACAGAUGAUGGUGAUUUCUCUGGCUGCUUUCACAUCUCGAUUGCCUGGUGCUUGAAUGCGCCGGAUUCUACAGAGCUGGAGCGUGUGAAUGAUGUGAAGCUGGAUAAAGCCCAGGCUAUUGAUGUCCCCUUUCCUUGUGUAAAAGCGAAGAUUGGGAAUUAUGUUGAGAGCUUUGAGCUUCCGGUGCGAGCGUGA